AUGAUAAGUAAUAGUCAUUCAAAUGUCUACCAUAUAAGUCAAAAUACACCAUCUGAUAAUACUAAUUCAAAUCUUCAAAACACUAUGGAUCCUUUUAUGGCAGUUGAUGUACCACAGAUAACAUCAAAUACCAAUUCUGAAGGCACAUUUAAUAAUAAAAUUUACCGUCCAAAUCCAAUGACUAAUCAGUUAAAUCAAUCAUCACAAAUAAAAACAAUAAAUUCAAAAAAUGAUUUGGGUGAAAGUAAUUUUAAUAGUACUUCAUUAGGAAAUAAUUGGAUGUCUACAACAGCAACAACACAACAACAACAACAACCACAAAAUAAUCUUUUUUUUACAAAUAAUGUACAUGCAUCCAUACAAAAAAAAGGAUUUAAUGAUAAUUCUAUUUAUGAACAAUCAUUUGAAAACAACAAUCAAUUAACUGGUCAAGGUUCACUUCCAAAAACAAAUAAAAAUGAAGGGAAUUUUUAUAAAUCAAUAUAUAGAGAUCCUAAAGAUUCACCAUUGCAAAAAUUAACCAUUGAUCUUAUUAGAACAUAUAAAAAUAUUAAUGAAACAUACUAUGCUAAAAGAAAUAAAAGAAAACAAGAAAAACAACAAACAACUAAUAAAUCUCAAGGAAAUAGUGGAAUUCAAUCAAUACCAUCACUAGGUGUUAAAAAUAUUGACCAAACUAUUAUAUCAAAUGAUAAUAAAUCAACAAAUGUUUCUCAUCAUCCAAUUUUACGUCAAACAACAGAAUCAUCAUAUGAUAUGUUAAGUAAUAUAUCAAAUCAAAAUCCAAAUACACAACAAGGAUGGGUGGUGGCUCCAUCUAUUAUAUCAACAACAACAACUGUAGCUAAUAAGACAAAUAUUUCUACAAAUAACGGGCUAAAUAGUAACAAUAGUCAAAUGGCUAUACCAAAUGCUAAUAAUCUUUUAAAUCAGUCCCAAAAAGUUGCCUUAAAUAAUCCAAGACCAUUGGAACAACAAAAUCAAAUUCCACAAUCAAAUCAUGUUUCAUUAGCCUCAACAGUCACAAAUGACAAUAAAAAUACAACAAAUAAAGAAUAUAAAAAUAGAACAACUAGUAAACAUACAUCAUCUCAUUCAGUAACAAGAAAUGGACAUUCAGAUAAAAGUAAAGAAAUAGAUAAUAUGUUAUGUGGUUAUGAUGAUGAGAAUCAUGAUUAUAUAAUAAAAAUUGGAGAAGUUUUUAAUUAUCGUUAUAGAAUAGAUAAUCAUAUUGGAAAAGGAUCAUUUGGUCAAGUAGCUAGAGCAUUUGAUAUGAUAGCAAAUGAAGAUGUUGCCAUUAAAAUAAUUAAAAAUAAAAAACCAUUUUUAGAUCAAGCAUGGAUAGAAAUAAAAUUACUUGAAUUAAUGAAUUCUCAUAAUUCAAAUGGUAAAUAUUAUGUCGUAAAAUUGAAGAAUCAUUUUAUGUGGCGAAAUCAUCUUUGUCUUGUUUUUGAAUUAUUAUCAUAUAACUUAUAUGAUCUUCUUCGUAAUACUGCUUUUAGAGGAGUAUCAUUAAAUUUAACUAGAAAAUUUGGACAUCAACUUGCAAGUACUUUAUUAUUUUUAUCAUCACCAGAAUUAAAUAUUAUUCAUUGUGAUUUGAAACCAGAAAAUAUAUUACUUUGUAAUCCAAAACGUUCAACAAUUAAAAUUAUUGAUUUUGGAAGUUCUUGUACAACUGAUGGAAGAAUUUAUCAAUAUAUUCAAAGUAGAUUUUAUAGGUCUCCAGAAAUUUUAUUGGGUAUUUCAUACGGAACACAAAUAGAUAUGUGGUCACUUGGGUGUAUAUUAGUUGAAAUGCAUACAGGGGAGCCUCUAUUUCCUGGACAUUCUGAGUAUGAUCAAGUUAUGAAAAUUGUUGAAGUAAUUGGUAUGCCACCAAAAGAAAUGUUAGAUAUUGCACCUAAAACAAAACGUUAUUUUGAAAAAGAUGAACAUGGUAAUUAUAAAAGAAAAUUAUCAAAAAGUAGAGUAUAUAAACCACCUGGAUCUCGAAAAUUAGCAGAUAUUUUGGGUAUUAAUAUUGGUGGACCAUAUGGUAGAAGACUCGGUGAACCUGGUCAUACAAUAGAUGAUUAUAAAAAAUUUUGUGAUCUGGUCUCAAAAAUGUUACAAUUUGAUCCUAAUGUUAGAAUUAGUCCUUAUUAUGCUGUACGACAUCCAUUUUUAAGAAAAUCAGAAGAUUCUUAUUCCUCUAAUCAAGGUUCAACACAACAAUCAUAUACUUCUCAAUCAAAUAAUCCUUCAUCAAAUUCAUUAGGUGCGUCGCAAGGUCAACAAUUUAAACAACAAGAUCAGCAUAAUAAUUCAAUUUAUCAAAAUUCAUCACCUACUACAGUUCAUGAUCAACAACAAUCAAAUCAGGUAUUAGGAUCACAAGAAUUUAAAAAUUUUGACAAUUCGAAUAAUUUUGUUAAUUCAUAUACAAAGCAUGCGAAUGCAAAUAUUACUCAAUUUACAACUUUAAAUGAUUCCCAAAAUAACUUUUCAUUCACCCAAGAUGAGAUGCCUUUUAGUAGUUCAAAAAAUAACAAUCCAAUUUUAAAAAAAGAUGUUUCUAAUAAUUUAGAAAAUGAUUUAUAUGGUACAUAUAAUAUGGAUAAGUUAUCUAUUAAUGAACAUUUUCAAAAUAUCUAUGAAAAUAAAUUGUCAAUUAGUAAUGAGAGAGAAGAAUUGAAUAAUGAUAAUUUCAAUAAAGCUAACUCUUUCCAAUAUAAAUGUAAUUUUAGAGACAAAUAA